AAAAAGGAAAACAAUUGUCUUAUUUCUUUCCUUCUAUUUCUUUUUAUUUUAACGUGUAAUUUAUUAAAAUUAAUCAGUAAAAGAAAAAAUGGGUGAUGCAGGCUUUUUUAAGGGUACAAGUGCCGAUCAAGAUAGUAGAUUUAGUAAUAAAGAAAAGAAAUUAUUAAAAUCCAUGUCUUUUCCUCCCGAAUUUGAUCAAAAGGUGGAUAUAAAAAAAGUUAAUUUAGAUGUUAUUAAACCUUGGAUAAGUAAUAAAAUUACAGAGCUGCUCGGACUUGAAGAUGAAGUUGUUAUUGAUUAUACUUGUAGUUUAUUAGAAGAACCUGAUUUGGAUCCUAAAAGAAUGCAGAUUAAUUUAACUGGAUUUUUGGAAAGCAAAACAAAAGAUUUUUUAAGUGAACUUUGGAAUUUAUUACUAAGUGCGCAAAACUCUGUAGGUGGUAUUCCAGCACAAUUUAUUGAACAAAAGAAAGAAGAGUUACGCAGAAAGAAAGCAGAAGAAGAAGAAAGAAGAGCUCAACGUGAAUCAGUUAUGGAUACUAUUCGUAAAAAGCAAAUGGAGGAAAUGGAAGAUUUGAGAGAAAGUGGAAGAAGAUCACGCCUUGAUGAACAUAAAAGUAGCAGAAGAUAUAGUCGAUCACCUUCUCGACGACAUCGAUCUCGUUCUAGAGAUGAUAGACAUAGUGGCAGCAGUAAUAGUAGACAUCACAGUUAUCGUGACGAUUAUUAUAGCAGACAUAGAGAUGAACGUAGCGAUCGACAUCGUGAUAAUGGCAGAUAUCGUGAUGAUGACAGACAUCGUGAAUCUAGAAGAAGUACAAGAAGAAGAAGUAGAAGUCCAGGAUAUUAA